CCCAUCGUGGGGGGCGUUUCCAGCAGCGCGUUGCUCACGGAUAUUUGUCGCUCUACAGACCGUUGGGUGAAAGCGCCGGUGUCGGGAAAGUGCAGUGUAGAUAAGUGAACGCAACUGUCCCUGCGUGUUUUAUAGCUAGCUAAUCACAACUGAAGGCAUUAACUAGCCUCUCUUGUGGGAGCUGGAAUGACAGAAACGCUGCGUAAUCGGGACCGCGCGGUUGUAAUGACCGGGGACUCGUGCGCUUUGGCACCGGAGGGAGCACUAAGCUUUAACUGAGGAGUUGAGCACCAACAGACAAAAGCAGCAAGGUGCAAGACGGCUAUUCUUUCUGUUAACUAAUUUGCAAUAUGCAAAUGUAGAAUACAAAGUGGAAAGUGUUCGCGUUGUGCUCAUUUUGCUCACCCCGAACCGUGCCAAUGCUGGAAUGGCUUUUGGCUCUGUGCUUUGUGAUCCUGGUGGUCUCAAUCUGGCCAGGCUCCAAAUAUUUUUGUACCGAGAACCAGCGCGAUGCUUUGCUUCAGAGAUUUGGAAUUUUACAGCAGGUGGCGAAAGGCAAGACGGAGAGGUGCGUCUCGGAGCGAGAGGGGAGCGACGAUGCCCAGUCGGCCUGCGUGGGCGCUUUGACCGAUGAGAAGCCACGCACCGUGGCGCUAAUAUGUAAGCCUUCCGCGCUGGCAAACUACCUGCUGAAGCACUGCUGGACUUUCAGUAACUACUCACCGUGUGUCGGUUGGACAUGGCGGGCCAGCGCCUUUCUCCAGAGUGUUUACGAGGCGUGCUGGCCGUACGAAAGCCCGGUCCAGUUUGUGCGAGAUAACCUGCAGCUAAGUGAUGACGGACUGGUGGCCUUGGACUGGGCUGUGCCAUCCUACCAGAAACGUCGCAGGACUUCGAGUCACUCCACCAGCCCGGUUCUUCUCAUCAUUCCAAACUCUUUUGGGAAGAUCACUAGAAAUGUGCUGAAGUUGUGUGAAAUGGCACUGUCCCAUGGCUACCUUCCAGUGGUAUUCAAUCGCCGCAGCCACAACAGCUGCCCACUUACAACCGUGAAACUGCAGCAGUUUGGUGAUCCUGCAGAUCUACGAGAGGCUGUGCGCUACAUUCGCUACCGGCAGCCUGCGGGUAGACUGUAUGCAGUGAGCGAGAGCUCAGGGUCGGGCCUUCUGCUGUCCUACCUGGGGGAGUGUGGAUCAUCAAGCUACGUGACGGCGGCCGUCUGCCUGUCUCCUGUGUUCCGCUGCCAGAGCUGGUUUGAGAGUGGGCUGUGCUGGCCCCUGCAGUGGGCAUUGGUGCUGUACCAGAAAAUAUGUCUCAGCAGGUACAGGACCGUGAUGGCUGAGACCCUGCAGACAGACACUCUGUUCUCCAGCCAUUCCUUGCAUGGCCUGGAGGAAGCACUGUUUUGUCAGCCUGGAUAUCCUGACUCUACACCAGCAGCACCAACAGGAAAUGGCUGUAGCAGCAAUACAUCAGUUACCUGGGAUGCUUACUGGGAACACAACGAACCCUUAAGAGAUGUGGAUGAAGUGGCCAUUCCUGUUUUGAGCGUGUGUUCUAAGGAUGACCCUGUCCGCGGAGACGCCCAGUCCACAGUGCCCUUGGAACUUUUUGAAACAAAUCCACAUUUUUUUCUCCUCCUAACUGACCGUGGAGGUCACUGCGGUUUCUCCACCCAAUCUGAAGGGAAUGCUGCUGGUGCUGUGGGUGCAGUGGGCUCCGUGGCUGCAUCAAACAGAGGGAUGGAGAGUCACGGGAUCAACUGGAGCCACAGAGCUUCACUGGAAUUCUUUAGGGCCACCACGGACUUCUUCAAUGCAGAGGAGAGAGCGAAGCAGCUUGCUUCAAGGAGGAGGGGCCUGGGAGGAGCUGCAGGAGGAAGGUUUUUUCGCCACCGCAGCGUCAGUACAUGUAAAAGAGUGCCAGCUUGUUCUCAUAAUAUCCACGCUAUUUACAGCUGGCAGAGAUCCUACACACGAUGAGGAAGCUUUAUGGAGAUUAAAGGGUCAAUGGACUCUAACCACCUGUCAUAGGCUGAGGGGGCAGGGUACACCCUGGACAGGUUGCCAGUCCGUUGCAGGGCUAACACAUGGAGACAGGCAACCAUCCACAUCCACCACUUGCAUAUCUUUGUGGGGAAACUACAGUAACCAUGCUGACGUGAAGAACAUGCAAACUCCACACAGAAAAGCCCGAGCCUGGAUCCAAAGCCGAGAUGUGCUUCCUGUAAGGCUACAGUGCUAAGCACCUCACCACUGCGCCACCCUGUUUCAUUUCCCAUGAAGUAACAAAGGUCUAUAUUUAUCAGAUACUAAAAAUCAGUUUACUAUAUAAACAUUCUAUAGUAGACAAGAAAUAAUCACCAAUGUUAUCAGUAGUGUCAGUAGAAGUCAGUUGACACACAAACAUGUCUGCCCAUAGAUAACAUGAAAUGUUUUUUAUUUUAGUCUGAUCUUCAAGGCAUUAUUAUUACUAAACUGCAUUUAUACCUCUCCCAUUAAACAUGCUUUUAUUUGGUGUUGAAAUGAUUAGACUGUCUGUGAAGCUUGAAUUCAUUCUUGAAUUAAUUACGCUACCCUACAUAUGGUGAAAGGCGCUGACAGGAGACGUGCCCACUUAAAAAAGAAAGGUCUGUCGCUGUUGCUGGUAUUAAGUCGGAUAAUUUACGACCAAUCUGUUUCUUCGCAAUAAACGCUGACUUUCACUGGCCUCCAAAAGAUUAAGCCAUUAAGAUUGAAUUGCCCUUUCCCGCUUUGCUUAUUUAAUUCUGACCCAAUGGUGUGCUUCAGUGAUAAGAGACUGAUUUAAUUAAAAUGACUGAUAUUCAAUUAACAGAACCUGACAUAUCCAUUGCUUUGAUUAUACUAAAUCAUAGGCUCUCUUAAGGGCGGCACACUCAGUUUCUCGGAAGAGUUUGUAUUUUACUAUAGCACACUAUUUUUCUGAUAAAAUCAGUUCAGUAACUUGCCCAAGGAUAAUUUGACAUGCAGACAGGAGCAGAAUGACCUGCUGUGCCUAUAGCUACAGCCACCUCUGAAGCCUCCUCACAAAUGAUCUCAGUUAAAGCUUGGCAGUCAACAGGGAGAAAAGGCUGAGGUAUGCCGAAUUACACAAGAACUGGACUGAAAAUCAGUGUCAACAUGUCUGAUGGACUCAUGAAUCCAGAUUUAAAUCCAGAUCUUCAUAAGUAUAUAUGGAGGUGGUCAGGAAAGAAGUGCAACAGUGAUCGUCUGCAGCCAUCUGUCACACAGUGGAGGCUCUAUCAUAGUUUGGAUUGCAUCUCACUGAAAGUAAAUUCAGCUGUACAUAGCUAACACAUAGCUAAAGCUUAUCAGGCAUGGAGCCUGGGCAUCAACAUCACUGAAGUUGUGUAAGAUCAUCUUGCAGCCAACAUACAAAGAAGAGCUUUGAAUGCCCUUCAAGAAGUCUGGAGAACUAUUCCUGAAGACUGCUUAAAGAAAUGACAAGAAAGUUUGCCUAAGCAAGUUUAGGCUGUGUUGCAGAAUAAAGGUGGUCACACAAAAAUGUACAAACUCUGUCUGCACAUUUCAAUGCACAUAAUUCUAAUUUUCCUAGCAAAAUGUAAAGAAAUGAGAGGUGACUCAAGACUUUUGCACAGCAUUGUAUGUCAGAUUGAAAAUUGCACAUGUGUUUAGUCAGAAUAAAACUGAAUAAGCUAUUUUCUGUGAUAGGCUGAGUGUUUCAGCUCUGGAGGGUCUGUAGUGUCCUUUAAGCUUUAAACUUUGCUGUGUAAAUUCUGUAUUGGAAAUAGUGUUAGGCAAUGUUAAAGAACAAAAGGUACAGUUUCAUUUUUUGUAAGAGACUGAUUGUGCAAACAGUGAUUCACAUAUUUGCUAAAUUCUAAAAGUCAUAAAGUGCAGCAGUGUGUGUGGUCAGCUGUGUCUUUUUUCAGUUUGCUGUAAUUACUGAUUAAAGCUCCAUCUUGAGGUCA